UGAGGAUGCGAAAAACGGAUAUUCAAGAACGGGAUUUGGAUGCGAUACGUGUCCCGUUUCGAUUGACAAGAAAAGCUUCGUUGCACACCACGCCAGCCAAGCCAUUAUAUAUGUUAUCAUCCUCUAUCCCUCUCGUCGCCUACCUCCUCUUCCUCUUCCUCUUCCUGCAUUUCUCCGCGUGUGUGUAUGUGUGUAUACUCUCUCAAGUACGCACAUACAUACACAUCCAUUCGUACAUAAAUACUUAUAUCUCUUCUUCCUUCGCCGUUAAUUCUCUGAAUCCCUAGCUCUUCUGUUCUCCGAUCCGAUCAUGGCCUCGCUUGUCAACAACGCUAACGGCGCCGUCAAUGGUUUUCCUGGAAUAUCCCAGAAGCUCAUUAUCGAUACCGACCCUGGGAUCGAUGAUAGCAUGGCCAUUCUUAUGGCUUUUCAAAGUCCAGAUGUGGAGGUUCUGGGUUUGACAACCAUUUUUGGUAAUACAACUACCGAACUUUCAACACUCAAUGCUUUGCUUUUGUGUGAGAUGGCAGGCCGUGAAGAUAUUCCAGUUGCACAGGGAAGCCAUGAGCCAUUGAAGGGUGGAAAGCCUCGUGUUGCUGAUUUUGUUCAUGGUAAAGAUGGACUAGGGAACACAUUCCUACCCCCACCUAAAGGUGAGAAAAUUGAGAAAAGUGCUAGUGAGUUUUUGGUAGAGAAAGUCUCUGAAUAUCCUGGUGAAGUAUCUGUGCUAGCACUUGGACCACUAACAAAUUUGGCUUUGGCAAUCAAAAGGGAUUCUUCCUUUGCAAGCAAAGUGAAGAGAAUAGUUAUACUUGGUGGUGCAUUCUUUGCCUUGGGGAAUGUGAAUCCUGCUGCAGAAGCCAAUAUCCAUGGAGACCCGGAAGCCGCAGAUAUUGUGUUUACCUCUGGGGCAGAUAUUGUUGUUAUUGGAAUAAACAUUACAACCCAAGUCCAAUUCACAGAUGCUGAUCUCCUCGAACUGAAGGAAUCUAAAGGAAAGUAUGCUCCCUUCUUGAGUGACAUAUGCAAAUUCUAUAGGGACUUUCAUGUAAAAUCUGAUGGUGUCCACGGAAUUUUCCUCCACGAUCCUGUAAGUUUUGUGGCAGUUGUGCGUCCAGAUCUUUUCACAUACAAGAAGGGGGUAGUGAGGGUAGAAACACAAGGCAUCUGUGUUGGGCAUACACUUAUGGACCAAGGAUUGAAAAACUGGAAUACGAGCAACCCAUGGACGGGUUAUUCUCCUGUUGCAGUUGCUUGGACAGUGAAUCUCGAGGAAGUUCUUGAUUAUAUCAGGGAGCUGGUGAUGAAACCCUGAAGUAUAGGCAUUUGUACUACCCUUCUGACAGACAAAAAACAUUGGAAAGUGAUAGGACGAUAGCUUCUUAUUUGCAAAAAUAUGCAUAAGGUCAUUUUCUUUAUUUCAUUCAAGGUCACAAUGAGUUCUUACCCCGUUUAAUAUUAUAAAGUUCAUGUACCAAUGAAAUUCUCUUUACAUGAACUUAUUUGUGUUUGGAUUUCGCUACUCUUAUUUGAGAAGAAAGCAGUCAUUCUUUACUUUUCCUACCUCUGAACUUGCAUGUUGCUUCUUAGUUCUUACUAUGGUAUUAUAGAAUUUCGGUUUGAAAAUCGCACUAAAGACUUCUUCGCUUGUACCAAGAAUAUUCAUAAUUCCAUUAUUAUCUCAGUUCUGAAUUCUGAAAUA